AUGUCUCCAGAUCGGUACGACCGUGGUACCUCCCGGCGCGGUGUCUGGAGCCACUGGGUGCCGCUUGCCAUAACCCUCACAGUCGCAACUGCUGGGGUGGCCGCCUGGAUAUGGAGCCAGCGCAAAGAAGACGAGGAGGAUAAUGAGCACGAGCCGGGCUUGGAUUAUGAGAACGCUGAUUACGGGGACAACCCCCCUUACGGUGCUUCGCAGCGCGAUUCGCGAGGGCCCCAACAACCUCCUCGACUGUAUCAACAAGGCGAUGAUGCUGCAUCCUAUGGCGUAGCUACGGCUCCCAGUGAUGUUUCUGCGGGGGGAUGGGGAGCACGCAUGUCCGGCGCGUUGAGAAGGACGCCCAGCCCUCAACACUUCUUCGACUCGACUGGCAAGACGGUUGCGGCCGGAAUGGCUGCCGCUGGCGCAGCUGUGGGCAAGGCCCUUGCUUCUAUCCGUGAAGAGGAUAAAGCGUACGGAGAAAACCCUUGGCAAGAAGAGGCCGAUGCGAAGAAGGGUCGCGCUCCCGCCACCGGGGAGAAAAGCCGGAAGACUGUCGCUAUCGUCGUGUCGGCCGAUACAAAGAUCUCUGAUAUAUCUGAUGACGGAACACACGAGCUGGCUUCAAUUCUGUCCCACAUUCCACGCCACAAUGACUUUUCAAAAAUCAAGUUGUACAUCCUGAUAUAUGCGCCGGAUCUAAAGGAGCCCAUGUUGGAUGGUACUUCUAGUAACCUCCCGCCGCCUUCUUUGAGCUCAUCAUUUUCUAACAUUGGUCAUGAUCAAGCCCAAACCCCUGGCGAAGAGACCAAGAGCCCUCUCAUCGCUCCGUCAAACACAAAUGCCGCCUACGAUGCCGUUUAUUCCCAGGCUCUUAGCCUGGUGGACAAGGAAACGACUAUCCUACCAUUCACAACGCCAAAUGGUCACGUUCAUAUUCUGCGUCAUAUUCAGCCAGACAUCCUGUACCUACAGGAGUCUCUGAGUGGAGACAAUGGCAGCAUCAUCACUACUCUCCAAACUUGGCUACGGCACGACAUUACUCUGGUCGUUGGCGCUGAGAGUGGUUCUGGAGGGCUGGCGGAUAGCGAGUCGGAAGCCGAGAAAACAGGGAAACAAGUAGAGAAAUGGUGGCAAAGACCUGAACGAGUCGGACGCGGGCGUGGAGUCGUGGUGGUCGAUGGCAUGCGGGUACAUGAUGAUUGGGCUCGAAGGGUCCAGGGUAGGGAGUGA